UGGUUCUUCGGGCUAGCAGUUGUAAGCUUUCCGGCGUACAUGGAUAAUAAUCGUUUUUUUCUUUUUACCAGUAUAACUCUUUUCAUUCACUCUUAGCGCUGAAAUUGGUAGGUCUGCAGUUCUAAGUUAUUCGUCAUAAAAGCGAACCUUGUUCUGUCAGACUCGAUCUCAUUGUGGUUGCUCUAAACUAGUUGCAGUUGCUCUGCCUGGACUGUCAAACUUGCCGGAAAACAUUUCGCCAGGGGAUAUAGCCUAUAUGACUUUUUUUUUCUCGGAGCGCAGCUGCUUGCAUUUACGAGAAGGCGCGGUUUAAAAUAUGACGGCCGAACUUUACCUUUUGCUCGAUACCUUCUUUGAUGGGACAUUUUGAAACAUUUUAUUGGGAGGAACUUUGUCGUUUUUUUUCUCCCCCCCUCUUUUUUUCAAAACACACUUACUCCAGUAACCUGUGGAUCACUCGACAAUGGAACGGCAACGCAGCCUAUGCUAGACUGAACUGAGUAGUUUUGAUUAUAUGGUUCAGUCGUUGUCAGGCAAAUGUCAUUGAAUGUCUCGCUGUUAGAGGACUUACUGAUACGGUCAGUUUUGUAAACAGUUAAGUGAACCCUAAACAAACGCGAGACGGGAUGCGGGUUGUCUGCAAGAACUGUUAACUGAGGAUCAAAUAAGGAGAGGUGUACGCCAUCGUGUCAAGCCGAAAAGCGCACCUUUCAUUUUCAUGCACCUAAAAUAAAUCCUUGGAACGUCGCGGCUCCUCGUCGGGAGCACUAGUCGAAAUAUACUUGGUACAGUUUUCUGCAUCAAAAUGUCGGCGAUCUCCGCGUCGGAGAAAGUGGAUGGGUUCACGAGAAAAUCCGUGAAAAAGGCCCAGAAACAGAGAAGAUCCCAAGGCUCGUCGCAGUACCGCACACAGAGUGCACCUAUCGAACUCUCACCCCUACCGCAGCUCAAAGAUGCGCCCUCCACCGAGCAGCCGGAGCUCUUCACGCAGAAGCUCCAGCAGUGCUGUACCGUCUUCGACUUCAUGGACUCGGUCGCCGACCUGAAGAGCAAGGAGGUGAAGAGGGCGACGCUGAGUGAACUGGUGGAUUACGUGUCCACUAACCGGGGCGUACUGGUGGAGCCAGCCUACCCAGAGAUCAUUAACAUGAUAAGCUCCAAUAUAUUCCGGACGCUUCCGCCCAGUGAAAACCCAGAUUUCGAUCCAGAGGAGGAUGAGCCGACUCUAGAGGCGUCUUGGCCCCACAUACAGCUGGUGUACGAGUUUCUCCUGCGUUUUUUAGAGAAUCCUGAUUUUCAGCCCAGCAUUGCAAAGCGCUUCAUUGACCAGAAGUUUGUGCUGCAGCUCUUGGAGCUUUUUGACAGCGAGGAUCCCAGAGAAAGAGACUUCCUGAAGACUGUGUUACAUCGCAUUUACGGCAAAUUCCUGGGCUUAAGAGCCUUCAUCCGCAAACAGAUCAACAACAUUUUCCUCCGGUUUAUUUACGAGACUGAACACUUCAACGGAGUGGCGGAGCUUCUGGAAAUACUUGGAAGCAUUAUAAAUGGUUUUGCGUUACCACUGAAAGCUGAGCAUAAACAGUUUCUGAUGAAGGUCCUGAUUCCCAUGCAUACAGCUAAAGGACUGGCCAUAUUCCACGCACAGCUGGCCUACUGUGUGGUGCAGUUUUUGGAAAAGGACCCCACCCUUACGGAGCCGGUGAUAAGAGGCCUUCUGAAAUUUUGGCCAAAGACGUCUAGUCAAAAAGAGGUCAUGUUCCUGGGUGAAAUUGAGGAGAUCCUUGACGUCAUAGAACCCACUCAGUUUAAAAAGAUUCAGGAGCCUCUGUUCAAACAGAUUGCCAGAUGUGUGGCUAACCCUCACUUUCAGGUGGCAGAGCGAGCGCUGUAUUUCUGGAAUAACGAGUACAUCCUCAGCUUAAUCGAGGAGAACAUCGACAAGAUUCUGCCCAUUAUGUUCGGAAACCUCUACAGGAUCUCCAAAGAACACUGGAAUCCGACAAUUGUAGCUCUGGUUUACAACGUGCUGAAAACACUGAUGGAGAUGAACAGCAAGCUGUUUGAUGAAUUGACUGCCUCAUAUAAAGCCGACAGACAGCGAGAGAAGAAGAAGGAGCAGGAGAGAGAGGAGCUGUGGAGGAGGCUGGAGGAACUGCGAAUGGGAGCGACUCAGAACAAUAGCCAUGGCCUCCCGAACGCGCAGAACAACAACAACAACAACAAUAAGGAUAUGGAUAACAACAACCAACAGCAGAAUCACCAAGGGCCAGAGGACACGAGCGUCUCUGAGGUGAUCACAGAUAGUGACGGCACUACAGCGACAGCAGAGAGCAGCGAGAACACCAAAUGACAGCGGACUGGGAUUUCCUGCUCCAUGCCAGUUUAAAACUGAUGGAGAACUGUCAGGGACUAGGGGCCGGUGAUGAUUUCCGGGAAAAAAAAAAAAAGAUAAAAAAAAAA